AUGUUGAUAAUCAACUCGUCAACUGCUGGUCGGCCAAAUGUGGAAAUCAUGGGAAGCCGUAAUGGGUCUAGUUGCCCUACUCUAGAUGAUGACACCGAUGGCCCGAAAACGACAUCUAGGAGUGUGAGUUCAGAUUUUGCGGCAUCAUAUUGGUAUUAUUCAAGAGAAACACCUGAACUGAAAGCAAAGAUGGAAAGUCGUCCUUCGCGUGCUGGAAACAUUAGGCAUUCCGAGGAGAAGAUGAGAGCUUAA